UGUUACAGUGGUACAGAGUCAGAAUGACUGGGGAGUGACUUCCACUUCCACUGAGAUCUGUGCCUUAAAAGGAUCAGCAGUGGACAUAAGCUGCACCUACAGAAACCCAUCCAGAAUAAAUGACGGCCAUACUAUAAUCUGGUUCACAAAAGAGAGAAAUGAUCAAUAUGUGGAUCUGGAAACAGAUCGUGUGCAGCAUCAAUGUGGAAACAACUUCUGCACUCUGAGAAUCAGAGACCUGAGAGAGAGCGACUCCGCUGAGUACAAGUUCAACUUCAACACGUUAACAGGGACAUUUACUGGUUCACCUGGAGUCACUGUGUCUGUCACAGGUCCACAGCUCCAGGUACAUGUGAGGAGAUCCACAGUCAACCAGUUUUCUAACUGGACUGAGCUGACCUGUCACAGCAAGUGUCGGCUGCCUGAUCGUCCUUCCUACAUCUGGUACAAGAAUGGACAGAACAUUCAGGAAAACAAAGUUUAUUUUCAUGCACAUCAUCCAUUUGUUCCUGCAGACAGCUAUUCUUGUGCUGUAUCAGGAUAUGAGCUGUUCCCCUCUCCUUCAGUGUAUGCUCCAAAGUUUCCCUCUGUGUCAGUGAGUCCCUCUGCUGAGAUAGUGGAGGGCAGUUCAGUGACUCUGACCUGCAGCAGUGAUGCUAACCCAGCAGCUAAAUACACCUGGUACAAGGAGAAUAAAAGUCCAGACCAUGAAUGUCUGAGUGAGGAACCACAGCUUGUCUUCAGCUCCAUCCAGUCCUCUGACUCAGGAGAGUUUUACUGUUCAGCUGAGAACGAGCUGGGUAGGAGGACAUCUGAACACAUCUUUAUUAAUGUAAAAUAUGCUCCAAAGCUUCCCUCUGUGUCAGUGAGUCCCUCUGGUGAGAUAGUGGAGGGCAGUUCAGUGACUCUGACCUGCAGCAGUGAUGCUAACCCAGCAGCUAAAUACACCUGGUACAAGGAGAACCGAACGCUGAUUCAGGGACCAGAAGGAAGUUAUUAUUUCACCUCCAUCAGCUCCAAGGACAGAGGAAUCUACUUCUGCAAGUCUGAAAACGAAUAUGGGCAGAUCAACUCUACAUCUCUAUCUAUAGAUGUUCAGU